AUAAUAACAUUGAUGCUGCUUGAAUAAAGACUAAUUUUUGAAUUCUUGCAUUUCUUGCGACGCCGACCACCGAAAUGGCAGGGAAGAAGGACAAAAAGCAGAAGAAAAAGAACAAACCGCUGUCCCGUAUUGGGACAGCGUUGUUCCCUCGAGCCAUUUUCGCUGCUGUGCCUCGAUCCCCGGAGCCUCCUAAGCCAGCCCAGAGCCCUGCCCCUAGUCAUUCUAGGCCAGCAUCAGCAUUAUCUAGCGCCAUCAUGGAUGCUACUUUUGUAGGGAGAGCAAUAGCAAGCCCAUCACCAAACAGCACUCUGAGAGCUACAGGUGACUUCACACCCAGAGAAGAAGGAGGAGGGGUGGAUGCAGCAGAGGUGCAGCGUCAUCUGGAGAGUGGCAGCAUGGCGCGGAGCAGCAUGUAUGAUUACGAGGACAGCGAGGAGGAGGAUGAUGACGACGAUGAAGAUCUGGAUUAUAUGGGGAUCAGUAGGAGACAGCGUGAGAUGGAGUACAAUGAUGAUCCUGGUUAUGCCCGAGUGGGAGACAUCCAAAAAAUGCUCUCUGAAGAGAAGAGGGGCACCAUAUCAAAUCGGGCCAGGCUCGAGACCCCGCCCACAUCAGAAGAAGAAUCGCCCAGACUGACAGACCGCACCAGAACCGACACAAACCGGUCUCAACCGGUUCCCUCUCCCCGGGAUCCAUCAACAUUGCCAAGCACCAGCCAUGCUGCAGAUAUCCAUACUCAAGAUUAUGAGGAAAGUCUUCCACAAAGUCAUCCUCAAGGUUAUUCACAAGGUCAUCAUGAAGGUCAUGAGCAAGGGUACUCUCCAGGAGCCCUGGAUGGGGCAGAUAGUGGAGGAAAUUCUGGCAAGAGGAAAAAGAAGAAAGCAAAAGAGAAGGAGAAGAAACAGAAGAAAGGAAAGAAUGGUACUGAUGAGUUUGAAGGAUUAUAUGCUCAGCCUAUUAAAAAGCAUGAGCCAUUAGAGAGGCAUCCAUCUAUAUUAUCCAAUGAGAGUGACUUUACCGGAGUGUCAGCAGACGACUUCUCAGAUCUCAUCUCACCUACACCAUCAUGGAAAAGAAAGCCACAAUCACCAGAUCUCGGCAAUCCCGAGGUGGUCUCUGGAAGGAGCAAAAAGAAAUCUGGACGAUCCAAAACAAAGAAUGUUGUGAAUGAACCUAUGAUCGAGAAAGUGAGAGUAGACAACAACCAGUAUACUGCAGCUCCGCCCCCUGUUACACCUCAAGAUAAUGACAUCUACAGUCAUCUUAGCCGGGCAGAUUCCCUCAACCAGUCCGCCAGCGAUGAUUACCUGAGGAGGACAAACGAGAGACUGGAGACGGAGUUGGAUCUGAUACAAAGGGAGAGGGAUGAUCUCAUGAACACUCUAGAUCAACGCACGAAGCAAUUGGUAGAAGAGAGAGGCAGGAGAACAGAUUUGAAUAAAUCCUUGGGGCUUGUCAGUGAUCUGGAGGCUCAAGUGGGAGAACUGAGUGAUACUUGUCAUCGCCAGAGAGAUGAGAAGCGGGUACUUCAAGAGGCCAACAAAAGACUCAAGGGAGAGAAUAUGACCCUACAAGACAUGGCUCAGUCUAAUCAGGAAGAUGAUGGGAUGUAUUUGAAUCAACUCAAAAAGCAGGCAGGGGCUGUGAUACAGGACAAUGAAGAGCUUAAAAAUGUCAUCCAUAAACUCAACGUUCAGCUCAGUAGAUACCAAGCCAAAUACGCACCUCCGCAGAAGGGGGAUCCCCCAGGUCUACCCACCAGGGGAAGCACCCCAAGAUGGCUGACAGACACCAAGUACCUCUCCCCUCUCAUCACCGCCUACGAGGCUCAACUCAUGGAGAAGGAGGAGGAGAUCCAGGUGAACGUAGAAGAGGUGGAGGAGCUGAGAAGGAGCGCAGAGGAGGUGAUCAGGGAGAACCAGAGGCUCUAUCGGAAGCUGGAGGAGACCGGCGGUGGAGGGGUGGGGCCAAAGGCCAAGAAAUCAGAGAGCUGGUUAAAUGAAAUAGAAGAACAGGCUCAACUAGUCCUGGAGGAAAAUCAAGUGGUCCUAGAACAAAUGGACCUGCAACAGAAGAAACUCCAUGAGCAGCAGAGGAAACAUGCUCAGGAAACUAUAAGACUUACAAAACGUCUGACCCUGGUAGAAUCGGAGAAGAAUGGAGUGGAGAGUGAGCUGUCCGAGCUACAAAUAAAGUACGGUGCCCUCAAGGACCAACAUGAGAGAUCCGUCAGAGAGGUCGAGAGCCAGAUGCCGGUACAAGAACAUCUUAAUACCGUUGCAGAGUACAAGAGGAGUAUGCAUGACCUGAAGCGUCAGGUCGAAGCAGAGACAGAGAACACACUCUCCAGACUGACGGCUGUAGAGACAGAGAAGCAGAGUGUAGCAAUGAGAGUAGUCGACUAUCAAGCAGAGAAUAGUCAACUCAAAGGAGAGAUACAAGCAAUGCUAAAGGCUCAGAAACGUUUACAGCACAAGCUGACGAUGCUAGAGAAGGAGUUAUCUCAUUCAGAAGCCAGAGAGAAGGCAGCCAAUCAGCAUCUCAAUAGAGUCCUGGAGAUAGCUGAACAGACGGCUGCAGAGAGAGAUUCAUACAAAAAGAUGGCACAUACACAAGCCCAGGAGAAAGAGAGAGCAGUGAACAAGAUGAUAGCUGGCAAUGUUGCCAUCGGCAGAAUGGAAGAAAAACUCAAGAUGUAUAAGCUGAGAGCUGGUGAUAAAAUAGAUGACAUUGUAGGUCGUAUGAAGGACCAAGAUGAGUUUCAUACAUCGAGACUGAGCCAGUACGAGAGAGAGAUGAAACAUCUCGGUCAGCUAGUCAGAGAGAAACAAGAUGCGCUGGACGAAGUUGCAGCUGAUAAACAGAAAGUUGAGGAGCAGUUAGAGGUUGUAUGGCAGAGUGCUACUCAAGACAAUAAGAGAUUAAAGGCCAGGCUUGCCAAGUCUUUAAGGUCAUCUUCUGCUGCGGACUCCAAUCUCAUACCCUUUGGAUCUGAUUCAGACAACAGAGGGCUCAUGUCAUCAGAGAGCGAUUGAAAGUUAGGACUUUCACUGUUUUAUGAAACUCAGGAUGAAAUGACAUUAUCAUUGAAGACAGCCUUCCAUGCAUACAGCCCAUGAAAAUACUUUAUACAUCCUGAAUUGUGUUAAUAUAUAGGAAAUUUAUAAUGCAUUGCACAAUCAAACAAUUGACAGAGGUUCCAUACGUUUAUCAAAUUUGAUGCAUAGUUGUGUUCUAGAGAUUUUUUUGUCGCAGGUAUUGUGGGUUUUUUCAAUCACAGAGAUGGUUCAAUCUGCUUUGAAUCGUAUUCACAUCAGACCAAUUGCAAGAGUGUCCCUUAUUCUACUGUGACUAUAUGGCCAUUAUUUCUCAUGUUAUUUCAAUAUUUUCAAAAAUUAGGUUGCCGUUGGGUGGUAUAGUGGGCAUUAACCUUAACAUUUGAAGAAAUAGUGUUGCUAUACAAUGCAUUUGCAUUGAAGGUUAUUCUCUCAACUCAUCUCAUGUACCGUAUGCAUGCGGGUCAUUUUACUUUGUUCUUGUAAUUUUUCAGUACUUUGAUAAAAAGAAAAUAAGAGACACUGAAUUAACUGUUAGAAAUUCAGCACUUUCUGCUAUCUUCUUUGCACUUAUUUUGCAUAAGUUGCAAUGAAAUACAGUAAGAUGUGCUUGAAAGGUGUGGAAACUGCUUAGAUAGGUGUUGAAAUCGUCUUCAACUUUUUCAAUUUUUUUCUUCUUCAUGAUUUCAUGGUCAUUGCAAUAUUCUACCAGGGUGAAUUUGAUGGUGAUCUGUAUAUAUAAUAUAUGUAUAUCUGAAUUUUGUUUAUUGGUUAGAUAUUUUCUAUGUGCUUAGCUUGCCAUUUUAAUGUUUGAUGUCUGUUUGAAGGUUUACCUUUGAAUUGUAGUGAAGGAUUAUCAAUCAAAUUUUUUUUUUU